AUGUAUCACAACUGUAAAGCAAUAUCAGAGACAGUUAAGAGACGAAACAUGAGAAUUUUAUUUAAUUAUCAUCAGAAACAGGGAAAGCUACUUAUAACUGAAACAGUAUUGUUCGACAUUUCAUCAUGGAAAGACUUAGUCCAGCACAGCGUCUACAAAUAAUUCAGCUGUAAUACGAAAAUCAACGUUCUGCGAGAAGUGUGUUUCGUGCACUUAGAGCAACUUAUGGUGUACAUAAUCGGCCCACCGAACGCACAAUUCGCCGUACGGUCGAAAAAUUUUUCAUUAUUGGAUAAUACCCGACCAAAUAGACCACAUCCAGCACGCAGUGAAGAAAAUAUAGCCGCGGUAGCUGAGAGUAUACGUGAGGACCGUGAAGAAUCGAUUCGGCGCCGUUCUCAACAGCUUGGCUUGUCGUAUUCAACAACUUGGCGUAUUUUACUUUUUAUGCUGGUCGAAUUUAAAAUGUCCAGUAUACAUCGUAUAGCCAGAUUUGUCUAGUAAUGUGUUGGGCCACCCUGAUUCCCAUAUACAUUCGUCCAGUCGUCGUGGCAUGCUUCUUGAGGUAUCUCAUCCAUUGCCAGCUGCACUUGAUCCAAAGGUCUGCUAUAUGUUGCUGGAGGAUGAGGUAAAGAGGUCACUCUUUUCCCCAUUAUAUUCUAUUCAUGGCUAACCGUCUGGUGAUCUAGGAGGCCAAGGAAGGUUGUUGAUAAUAAUAAUAUUCUUUAUUGCCACAAAAUUUUACAAGAAAAACAUAAGCAACGUCAAAGAAAAACAAAAAUGUAGUACAGUUCCAUAACGGGAAAUAUAAACAACACCCAGGCACCAUAAGCAGGAAAAAAUCCUCCGGACGCUAAUGGACAGAAGCGGGAAAUGUAAGCAGUUCGGGGACACGAAGAUCAAAGGGACCGACAGCAGGUGUCGCAUCUGUAUAAUCUGUGCCUUAAACCGGUCCCACGCAUUCCAUUCGCCACAUCGUGUGGGAGAGCGCUGACGGAUUGCAUGUGUCCAACGUUCGCCAUAUGGCACGUUCGGGCUCUUGUCGGUAAAUUUGAUCCGCGUCAAAGGACGUUACAACGUUGGAAGCAUGGUUCGUUACGCUCCCACACGAGAUGUCAUGUGUUUGAUGGUUUUAGGUUAGAACCAGUAGCGGAGACAAUUAUUAUUUAUUUGUUUGUUGUGAUUGUGGUGAAGUAGUGGUAUGUGUGUAUUUUGAUUUGAAUACAUACCUAUUAAUAAUAACGUAUGUUCUGUAACUAACUUUUGAGGAGAAAGGAUUAAAUUAGUAUAUAUACAAGGCAUAGGCUGCCAUAACAACACUUUUUUCAUAUGGUUAAUAUUUUGUACGUUUCGCAGCUGAGAUAUGGAUGGCCUUAGGAUAUGUAUUUUGGUAAAUUAUAAAUUAUCAAGUGCUUA